AUGGCGCAGUCGGAGACACACGUCAUCGCGUCCGAUCCCAUAUUGAGAGUCCUCAACCGCCAGCUUCCUCCUUUUACUGGCAAGCCUCGCACCUCCCUGGGCGUACGGCGAGCCGGUCGAAGCAAGCACGACAACAACGACGAGAGCGCCCGCGGCAGCCACGGCACCCCAAUGCCUUUGAAUCCACCGGGCGCCCUCAGCGAUCGGCAGCGAACAUCGUGCCCGCUCGCCCCGCUGAGCUGCCACCACGCCAAGGCCAAACCCGGCCGGCGGGGCGGCACGUCACCACCCGCCGGCGAGAAAAUCGUCCGCUGCGCGUACUCGAGCCACGAUUUUCACGGAGUGGGGCUCAGCUUGGCCACGCGGGCCGAAGUCGCCGCGAACCUCGUCGGCCUCGGCGCCCUCGACCCUCCGGAAGCCGCGACGGGGCCUCGCCGCCCUGAGCGAGAUGCCGGCGGGGGUCAGGCUGCCGUGGCCAAGAUUGUGUUUAAUGGCUUGCCCGAGGCGGCCAAGGCCAAGGUUUUGAGCUUGGCGAAGAACGCCUAUCUCGGGAUGCCGCACAAGGAGCGGCGGAAAUACCUCAAGGAGUCCUGGGGCUUCGACUGCACUUGCCCCCUCUGCCUGGCGGACGAAGCAACCCGCGAGGGGUCGGAUGCACGACGGAUGGCCAUCACCAUCGCCAACGAAUACAUCAAGUUAGGGGACUGGGAGGCUGCUCAGAUCUCGGCGGAAGCUGCCCUCGCCGGUUGGCUCCAGUACUGGGGAAAAGACACCCCCAAGGCGGAAAAGGGGGAAGAGCUAUUAGAAGCUAUCAAGAAUGCCAGGUCCCCAAAGCCAUGA